AUGUUUGCUUUUGUGCCAAGCAAACCCAGAUUUGAGUUGCCUGUGGCCCCAUACUGCGAUUCAGAUGACCUCAGUGAGGAAUCAUCGGAUGCGGAACAGAAUGAGGAUACGGGAUUGGUCGAGGAUGUUUCUCAAACCUACGAUACACUCAGUCCGGACACGAAACGUCACGGGGAAUUAUAUCCAUGGUUGAAUGCAAAACCAAUAAGAGAUGUUCCUCCAGUUCCACCAUUAGCCGGACAAGAUUUUCCCGAAUCCGGGGGUGAUUUGAUCGAAUUUCCCGUGAUUCGGGAUCUGGUACCAACCUAUGCAUGUUACACUUGUAAACAUUGCGAGACUGUUCAAAAAGAAGAAAUCCUCAUCGAAGACGAAUGCACAGAAUGUGCUCGUGCCCGACCUUCGGUUAACCCAUUGUACCGCACGAUCGAGGAGCUCCAGACUCGAGUGGCGCUCGAGGCCGCACACAUCUGUUUUGCUGAGCCUUAA